UGUUUGAAGUUUUCCAGCUUUCAUUGGAGUGAGAGGAGGAUGUGAAGAGCAGAGGAUCUGUUUACAUCGGGAAAAUCUUCCUUUGCUCAUUUUCAACCAGUUUUCAUCAACUUUUAACGGCUGGAAGCGACGCUGCAGCAGGAACCUCAUAUCUGAUGAUGACGACGAAGGUUUUUCGCUGCCAGGCACGGCACGGCUACGCUGUGGAGGUGUCGCCAUUCAUCCCAAACCGAUUAGCCUGCGUUGCAUCCCAGUACUACGGAAUAACUGGUUGUGGCUCUCUGUUUGUUCUGGAUCAGACAGAAACUGGGAUAGUUUUAGUGAGAAGCUGGGAGUGGGGCGAUGGACUUUUCGACGUGUCGUGGAGCGAAGCCAAUGAGCACGUCUUGGUGGCAGGAGGCGGAGACGGCAGCCUGCAGCUCUGGGACUCAGCCAAUCAGCACGCUCCGCUGAUAGUGGCUAAAGAGCACACACAGGAGGUUUACUCUGUGGACUGGAGUCAGACCAGAGGGGAGAACCUGAUCGUGUCCGGGUCCUGGGAUCACACCAUUAAAGUGUGGGAUCAGAACCUCAGCCGAUCGCUGACAACGCUCAAAGGUCACGAAGGGGUCGUCUACAGCACCAUUUGGUCUCCACACAUCCCAGGAUGCAUUGCUUCAGCCUCAGGUGAUGGGACGCUCAGAGUUUGGGAUGUGAAGGCUGCUGCAUGCCGAUUGGCUGUCCCAGCACAUAAAGCGGAGGUCCUGAGUUGUGAUUGGUGCAAAUAUGACCAGAACCUUGUGGCCACAGGUUCUGUGGACUGCAGUGUGUGUGUGUGGGACCUGAGGAACGUCCGACAACCUGUCAGUCAGCUGCUGGGACACACCUACGCCAUCCGCAGGGUCAAGUUUUCCCCGUUCAGUCAGAUGGUGCUGGCGUCCUGCUCCUACGACUUCACGGUCCGGUUCUGGGACUUUGGAAGAAGCCAGCCUCUCCUGGACACUGUGGAGCAUCAUUCAGAGUUUGUCUGUGGAUUAGACUUCAACCUACACAUCCCCCACCAGGUGGUGGACUGCUCCUGGGAUGAGAUGGUGAAGAUCUACUCGCCUGCCUGCCUCACUGCAGGAACACACUCUGCAGGACCCUAACACACACACACACAGAGGACUAUUCUGGAUGAGGUUCCUCAGGAUGGAUUUGGGCUCCUAUUGGCUGACUGAACCAGCAGUCUGGACCUCUGAGUUCAUCUGUCCCACAAACAAUAAGAAACAUGUGAAAACCAAAUAUAAUCAUAUAAUCCUCUUCUGUCCUUUUUGUAAUUAAUAAUAAUUUCUGAGGGAUGUUUCAGCACCAGAACCUCUAAACCAUUUGGUUUUAGCUGUUUUAUGUCCUUAAUAUAAAAACUACAGUAAUACUUUUCAUGACGUCCAACGUAACAUUUUGAGUUCUUAAAAAUAAAAUAAAAAUGCCAGAACUUUUUCUAGA